CAAUAGUGUGGUGUGGUAUGACCAAUGAACUCUAUAGUCGAUACAACUGGAACGAUAACUCCUGAGUCCUGACAAACAUCCCUAUUCAGCUUGAAGAUUAAUGCCCCUGAGUUUCAGUUUGUUUACAGUUCACAGUGGCAAGAUGCCAUUUCGAGAUUGGAUUGGAGGCGUUCUGAUUCUGCAAUCAUCCUGAUCCUGGUCUUUGUGUCCUAACCAAGGCAAGCCAGUUUCUCAAGUUUUAAUAUAGCAGUGGUUUGGAUUGGAGUAAAAUUUUGUCGUGAAUCAUGUCGUUCUUUCAUUAUGCAACAUAUAAAUAUGUAACAAUUCGUGACUCGAGACUUGGCGUUGGGUAUUAUUUAACCGCAGUGCUUAUUAUUACUUUCACAAUGGCGGAAAUAUUUAUUAGCAAGGGAUAUAUAGAGUAUGAUACUCACCCAUCUGGAACUCUGAGACUUAUACUGUCUGAUCCUGAUAAUGAUUUUUUUCAUGAUGAACUACCACCUGAAUGUUGUGUGAAUAAAACCUCUAAUGGAAAAUGUAUAUCUCAAUGUCAUUACAUGGAUGCACAAGAACUUUCAUGGCCAAUUCAAUCUCAUACACUCAGUGUUAUGACAUUUUGUAAAGAAAGAUGGCAGAGUAAUCAGCAGUCACCUGAUCAUCCAGAAGAAUUUAUAACCUUAAGAGAAGAAAAAUUUUACACCUUAAAACCUGAAGAGUAUGUUGUAAAAGUUGAACACUCGGUUAUUGCCACCAAGUUUUUUGGAAACUCCGACAGUGGAAGUGGUACGAUAGCUGGGUCACAGAGGAGCAUGAGGGGUUGGUUGUAUGAUGUCAGUGGAUCAAAAAUUCGCGAGAUGAAUAAAGGAGCUGACAAAUUAACAAUCCGAGAGUUAUUCUCUGCAGCAGGUGUCGAUAGCCUUGAGCAAGUUUCUGAUGCUUUAAAUGCGAAAGGUAAAGCAUAUCGCCGCCAUGGCCUUGUUCUGCAUGUCACCAUAAAGUACACAAAUACUCAUGGAACUUGGUUUGGUACAGGUCCUAUCGAAUAUGGUUAUCACGUUUCUCGCAUACCUUACGCUGAUUAUCGAGUCAACGAGCUGAUACCAAUAUUUUAUCAAAUGAAGAAAAAUACCUCAGAACCAAAAUCUCGUGUUCUUCGCAAACGAUAUGGCGUCAAGUUAGAAUUUCAUCAAGCCGGAAUGCUGGGCAAAUUCUCUCUGGCCUCUCUUGUAAUCAAACUUGUAUCUGGGAUGGGAUUGUUAACUCUUACAGCGACAAUUGUGGAUACGUUAGCUCUCUACAUACUACCUGAUAGAUUUCGUUACAGGAGUUAUGUUUAUGAAACAUCACCUGUUCAUGAAAAAGAUAUUAAACAGGAUUAAUAUCUUAAUUAUAUACUCUAGAUGCCCGAUUUAUUGAAUAUGGAUGUGUAAUUUAUAUAUAGCUAGGUUUAAUAGGAAUUAUAA